AUGAACGGAGAAGGAUGGCUUUUCCUAUUCUCUAUUCUUCUCACAGCCAUUUUGCUGUUUGUGAUGGUGUUUUAUGUCAUUAUGUACUCGGACCUUGAAUCAGAUUAUAUCAACCCGAUUGAUCUGUGCACCAAGCUCAACCAGUUUACGCUGCCGGAAAUGUCGGCACAUGCUGUUCUCACCCUACUGUUUCUGCUCAAUGGACAGUGGAUCGCCCUUGCGAUCAAUCUGCCUCUUUUCGCUUUCAAUGCUAACAAGGUCAUCAAUAAGACAUAUUUGCUGGAUGCAACAGAGAUAUUCCGCACGCUUAUGAGUCACAAAAAGGAAAGUUUCGUCAAGCUGGGCUUUUACCUCUUGACAUUCUUCUUUUACUUGUACCGUAUGAUUAUGGCUCUCGUGGAAGAAUAA